AUGUCGCCCAACCUCCAAGCCUACGUGGACGAGAUCCACACGAUGGCCCUGGAAGACAGUAUCAAAGCCAUCGCCGACCUCCUCCCAUGCGUCAUCACCUCCGUCUCGCCAAACGCAACCUACCUGAUGCGCCACCCAGACUACGAAGGCGAAGCCAAAUUCGAUGACCUGGGGAAAUACUUUCUAAAUAACAACCAGCGCUGCUUCGCAGAGAACGCACCACUUCGACUACGCUUACUCCAGAGCUCUUUAGACGACAAGUUCGAGGGUAUCUACGGAGAACUUUACAAGGCUGCAGUUGACGGAGUCAAAAAUGGUACGAUCAAGCCGGAGCCGAGAGAGGAUCAAGGCUGCGCUUGCUGUGCGGGAGAGCCUGCUGCAGUUAUCGGUAUGGGGUUUCACCAUGGAAAUGCGUUCUUAUACACCAUUGAGCAGUAUCGCCAGCUCUGGGGUCACCAGCAGAAUCAUGGAUCGCGAAGCGGGUGGAUGGGAGAUUCUUGGGACGAGCAGUGGUAUGCUUCGAAGGAGCAGGUCGAGGAGGCACUGGCGCGCGAGUCUACGCCAAUUGCAGGUCGUCUGUGA